CUUAGAUAAGUAUCUACUUAUAUAAUAUGGAGUAGAAACAUAAAUAAAAGUAAAAUUUUGUUCGAAAUGUUAGACGAAGUUACAAAAAACGAGAUUUUUUCUAUAAUAGAAACGGCCAUGGAAGACGAGAAUUUGUGGAAAUACAAAAUGGAUUUAAGAGAACAAAAUCAUGUCAUAUACGGUGGACAUGAUUUGUUAAUUAGUGCUAAUAUAUUUGCCUUGGACCACAAUAGUCACAGACGCUGUAUGCAUCUGUAUAUAAAAAUAAGUGAAAAAUCUAAAUCCAAAAAUACUUUAAACAAAAAAGUUUAUCGAAGAGAAAAAUACGUUUUUGUGAAAAUUAUUAGUGCAAUUUUUAAUUUUUUAAAAACAAAUAUUUCUAUUUGGUACCGACCUUGUGAUAUGGAUUUUAUUCCAGUACCAUACAAAAUGUUUUCUACGGAAACCCGAGAAGUUUUAAUGUUUAAUUCAAUAAUACAUCUAGGCUACAAACCACAUACUGACGAAUUGUUUGCAACGCCAUCAAUGAAAUACUGUAUUUUGAAACAUAUGGCUAAUUUGCACGCCAUUUCGUUUGCCUUUCGUGUACAUAAACGAGAGGAAUUCGAAGAAAUUAUGAGAGAGUGGCAAGAAGAAACAAGUACGAAAGAGAUGUUCCUUCAACUUCCCAAUAUUGAGCAAAAAGUCCAAGUUGGUUUGGAAUUGACAAUGGAUAUAUUAGUUGAAGAAAAUAGACUUGAUUUAAUUGAACUUCUACAGAAAGAUAUACAAGAAGGCGCUAUGACCGUUAUAACAAAUAUCCUUUCUGAUGUUCCUGAUGAUAAUGUUAUAAUUCAUGGUGAUUGUUGGAUGCACAAUGUUGUAUCGAAAACUGUGGAAAACGGUACCGAAACGUCAACAAAGAUCAAAUUAAUAGCUUGGCAACUAGCAGCACUGCACUCACCCGUUUUGGACCUUGCAUAUUUUCUCUAUUUUACUUAUACAGAAGAAACCAACGAAAAAUUUGAAGAUUACGUGGAAUACUACUACAACGAAUUCUGUGAUUGUAUGUUAAAGUGCGACAGCGAUCCCCAACAAUUAUUUCCUUUCACAAGACUUCUAGAACAUUUUUUGAAGUAUUCCCCUUAUUGUUUAAUUUUGGCUCUGGUCGGAAUACCUUUUAUAAUGAUCAAUAGUUGUUUAAAUAAUAAUAUUUGUAUUCGAGAAAAUCGAAACCAUUUCGAAGAUCCUGAAAUGAAAGAAAAUUGUGAAUAUUGCAACUGCAACUAUGAGUCAAUGAAAUAUGUCAAUCUUAAAGAGGAACUCAGGAAUAGUAUUAAGGAAAAAAUCCUUGGUAUUCUUGAGUUACAUUAUAAGUACUUUAGGGUAUAGUUUUUAAAAGGCAG